CGCCGCGCUGUAUCAUCCACUCCAUCCCUCUUCCCUCUCGUCUUUCUUCGCCACAAAUUCUAACUCUCUUUUCACGACACAGCAGCCCCUCCUCUGACAAUGAGAAUGGAAAACCAAGAGCUCCUGCCAAGCACGCAGCACUGUGUAUGCCCGCUCACACCCAGUGUUGGACUCAGGCGCAAUUGCAGGCAUACAGGCUAGACAUAUGGGAGGUAUUUAUUGAAGUCGAGAACUGUGAAGGAGGGUUGUAGGAGCGUGAUGAGGCGCUGAUACCUUUCCUUCGGGCCAUCCGUGCACAUUUUGGGGGUUUCCCGAUGCUCCCAAGUGCGUCCUGCUCGUGCACGGAUUGGCGUGCUCAUUGUAGCUGUGGUGUCGCAUCACAAUGCUUGUCAUGCGAGGUAAGCUUCCACCCUCACCCACCUGUAACAUGAGCAUUCUCCUACUCUCCUGACACCCUUUCUCUCGCUCUCAUACAUAAUGUCACACCUGACCCACGGAACCUUAUCAUUGCACACUCCCUCAACGGGAUCAUUGUGCUUAACUUCCUUCACAAUGACGCCAUACACCUGUGCCCAGGACGAUCCCCACACACAGUCAUCAUCAGCCCACCGCUUGACCUCACACUCGAGUGGUCUGCUUUCUACGGGACCACAUUCAAGGCGUCAGCAAGGCGCUUGCCCGGCGCUUGAAUGGGCAAUGGCUUUACUGGUAUCAUUUUUGGCUCGUUUGCUGAAGAGACUAGUCUAGCAGUGUAGUAUCACAACC